AUGUCUACGUUUGACACUCUUAUAACUGAACUGACUCGCGACGUUUGUCGGGUGCAACCCAAAGACGCUCUACAGUUCUGUGCUAAUUGGUUUCAGUCUCGGCUGGAAGAACAACGGACGCGAACACGAGACGCGCUUCAACAACGUGGUCUGUCCACAGUUCAUGAGCUGCCAUCCGAGUUUUAUUUGGACUCGCCUGUUAAUAUCGGCCCUCGUAACUCCAUACCUACACCCAUUUCUCCAUUCUCUCAGGUUCUUCCUCAGCAGCGUCGUGCAUCAUCCCUCCAUGCCCCCUUCUCGCACAGUCCAUUUGGGACUCUCAAUGUGCCAGGAAAUGCACUUUUGUCCGUAGAAACAAACGGGGCGACCAAUGGCAUGGCUCACCCGACGUUUACCCUAGAUGGACGUGACCUGGCCCCAACUUCACCGUUGACCAUUGAUCCAAACUCAUUCGCGCGCUAUGAUGUGGCUUCAACGCCCACCAUGUCUAAUUCCCUCGCUCUGGGCAUGGGGGAUUACCUCCACGCACCUUCAUCCACCAUUCUGGCGCGUCGUGUGUCCGUCAGUGCUGAGCCUAUCGCCGUAGACAGUGGUCAUGACGAUCCACUCCCCGUAUACCACAAGACAGUCGACCAACUUCGCCGCAUAAAAGCGUCCAUUGCAAAUAAUUUUAUUUUUAGGGAUCUCGACGAGGAGCAGGAGACUGGCGUGCUCAAUGCAAUGCAGGAGCGCCACCUCGCCACGGAUGAAGUGAUCAUUCGGCAAGGGGAUGUAGGAGAAUAUUUCUACGUCGUCGAAUCAGGACUUUUUUACUGCUACAUCCAUCCUGAGCCACUACCGCCCACAUGGCUAGCAGAUACCGCAAAUCACUCCUCGCAGCCCGAAAAAUUCCUCCAGCCGGGAUAUCACCCUGUCUUUGGUCGGAGGGUUUCAGAGUGCAAGCCUGGAACUUCUUUCGGCGAGCUUGCGCUAAUGUAUGGUCAUCCACGUGCGGCGACCGUGCAGGCAAUCGAGCCCUCCACUGUUUGGGCUCUUGACCGCACCACUUUCCGCACAAUCAUUCUCAAAGCAGCUCACAGACGUCGGACGAUGUAUGAGCAUUUCCUCUCCAGUGUCCCCCUCUUGUCCUCCCUUGAACCAGGAGAGCGCAGUAAAAUCGCAGAUGCCCUGGUUAGCAAAGUACACCCUGACGGAGAGGCGGUGCUUCGACAGGGAGAGAUGGGAGAUACCUUCUUCUUCGUAGAGGAAGGUGAGGCUAUUGUGACUAAGAUGCAACAAGGAGAGGAGGGUGAGUACCGCGAGAUCACAGUAGGCCGACUGAAAAAGGGUGACUAUUUCGGCGAGCUAUCUUUGCUUAGAUCGGAACCUAGGGCGGCGACGGUGAGCGCGGUGCACCGGGCCGAUCCGUCACAGCCGAAGUUGAAGGUUGCGGCAAUAAUGGAGAGGAAGGCUGGAGAGAGUUAUGGUCUUUCUUCCAGAUUAAACCACUGA